AUGGCAAGAACAAAACAAACCGCAAGAAAAACUACCUCAGCAGGAAAAACCCCAAAAAAGCACUUGGCAACUAAAGCCGCCAAGAAAGUCUCAGCUACCACCUCCUCAGGUGUGAAAAAGCCACAUAGAUUUAGACCAGGAACAGUGGCCUUAAGAGAAAUCAGGAAGUAUCAAAAAAGCACCGAACUUCUUGUGAGGAAACUCCCAUUCCAAAGAUUAGUUAGAGAAAUCGCUCAAGAAUACAAGACCGACUUGAGAUUCCAAAGCUCUGCUGUCCUUGCUUUACAAGAAGCUGCUGAAGCCUAUUUAGUUGGACUUUUCGAGGACACCAACCUUUGUGCAAUUCAUGGAAAGAGAGUUACUAUUAUGCCUAGAGAUAUGCAGCUUGCAAGAAGAAUCAGGGGAGAAAGAUCUUAA